UUACCUGCACAUCCCAAAAUGUCGCAGACGCUGAUGAUGAAGAGGAUCCGCGCCGAGGACACCGGUCUGGGCAGCGGGUACUGGCCCAGCCUCCGGUAGCCUUUCCUCUUGGGCAGGAUCUGCAGCACCGUGAGCAGCACGCUCACGGCCGCGCUGGCCGCCGUCACGACUCCGAACGGGAGCGGCUGGAAGGCGACCACCAGCUCGGUGGCCGCGUCCCGGUUGGAGCAGCAGAACGUCUCCAGCCGCGGCGACGCCAUGUCGGAGUGCGCGGCGAAACGAGGGGGAGGAAAAGAAAGGGAGUCCGCUGAGCUCAAUUCUCUGACGGAUCACAUGGUGGAUACAACAUGUGCUUUCAUUUAAUCCCCCCCCCCCCCCCCCAACCCCCCCGAAGCUCGCAGGGUGGCUAAGGAGAGGUGCAGCGAGGACACUACAUUAGGUACACCUGCCCAAUUGCACGCAUGUCAUUUUUCUUUCCGAACCAGCAGCAAAUCAAUUCAUUUGGAUUCGAAUCAUUAUCCUCAUAGGAUUGAUGAAUGUGCAAUACAAAUUAUUAAGGGGAAAAAGAAGACCAUGAAUAUUACAGUUGGGUCUACAAGACACCUCCCAACUUCAGAUCUCUGGUGUCAAGUGUCAACGCAAAAAUUCCGACCUGCCCGACAGGCCUUCCCUUUCUUGUUUGGGGCACCUCCAUUGGCUGAGACACACCCGCGCCACUGAAGCCGCCAGCUUCCUGGAGGGCGAAUAGCUGCUCGGAACAGGAAAUUACAUCACAGGGCUUGAGGAGCAGCAUUUUGCACGCCGAGAACAGAGAAACCCAAAACGAGGAGCAGAUGUUUUUCAGACGCGUUUCAAAAAGAAGGGCAAAGCGGAGCGUAGAAAAGCAGUUUUGGUCCGAGGCGCUGCGAGAAGAAACAUGUCAGGGGGAUAUGAAGAGAGUCAAAGUGGAGCUUCUGUUUUCUUCUCCAACCCUCUGAUGAGUGAUGUUGAAGCAGACUGGUCUCCAAUUCAUGAUGCUGCAGCCAACGGACGCACGCUGACACUGCAAAGGCUCAUUGCUCAGGGUGCGUGCGUGAACCUGAGCACGUUGGACCGGGUCUCCCCCCUCCACGGCGCAUGCGUACGAGGCCACGCAGCCUGCAUCAAGCUCCUCCUGCAACAUGGCGCUAAUGUAAACAGUUCGACGUCAGAUGGAAAAACGGCACUGUCGGAGGCGUGUGGCCGGGGUCACGUGACCUGCGUGUCGCUGCUCCUUCAGCAUGGAGCGAGCCCUCUGGGGAGCAACCCGUCCAGUUCCCCAAUGCACGUUGCCGCAGCCAAAGGUUACCCAGAGUGCAUUGAGUCUCUCGUGCAGCACGGCGCCGACGUGGAACAGAAUUUAGAUCAAGUGGGCACACCGCUCCAUAUCGCCUGCUCCAAUCAGCAGCUGACUGCUGUGAAGAAACUGCUUCAACUCGGCGCGAGCUCAAACAUCGUCGCGUCCGGUGAGUCUCCCCUGCACGUCGCCGCUCGUGCGUCCUGUCCAGAGACGGUGUCGCUUCUGUUAGAGCACGGGGGCGACGCCUCCCUGCGGAACCCGGAGGGCAAACGCCCCGUGGACCUGGCGGCCCCCGACGGUCCCGUGGAGAAGCUGCUCAGGCAAAGCGGAGAAAAGGUCAUGGAACUUGUUGUGACGUGGGAAAGUGGUGCACACAUCUUUCUUGGCUUUCCAUCCUUUCUUUCACACGCCGUCAAAGAUCGCCAGCCUCCCUCAGAGGGUUGCCCGCUGGUUUAACGCUCUCUAGAACAUGGCAGCGCAACCUGCGGAGAGAAAGACCCCUCGAAUAAGACCAGCGGGAAGUUCAUGGAACCAACAGUAAAAUACUGCAAGUACCUGUGCUCCAGGAUUUUGGGCUUUGGUACUUCUUUCCAGUACUGCGCAAGUUCUUGAGAUCCUACGUUGUCCAUCUCAGCCGCCAUCACCAGGAAGCGAUCCUGGGGGGACGCCUGAGAUCCUGGGUGAAAAUGAAACAUACCUUUAACAGCAUGUCGGUCUUAAAAGGGGGCCCUCUGUGGGCCAGUCAAACAAAACAACACAAGGGUUUGUUGAAGAUGUCUGGCAUCAUGGGAGUUGUCCUCACGUAAGCACAAGUCAUCCUCACGGAACACAAAUGUAAGCCGCUUUAGAAGGGCAACCGAUGAGCUCAUCUGGAAAUAUUCAGUCAGCUCCAGUAAAGUUGGAACGGUACCUCCAUGCAGGGACACCACAAUAUCGAUGGAGGCGCCGGGUUCACAGGUGCUGCUGCUCGGCUUCACUCUGUACUUCUCGGGUGCUGUGGUCCGCACCUGUAGAGGAACAUCAGUGAAAACGAGAACUAUUUUGUGACCAGUGAAUGAAAUGAAAGCAGAUUACAGCAUUCCGACACUAUCUCAGAUCAUCAUAGUACCCCGUUUGCGCUAUAUCGCACAUUUUAUUUGUUCAACAAACAUUGUACUAAUCCUUCUGGUGUGUGUAACUAGGCCACCAGGGGGGCAGUAUAAUACAUACAUACGUAUAAUACACGUUUGACGGGGGUACAUGAAGACUAAGCUGCACUAACAGGCGUUUUUCGCAGAGCAGAACUAAAUAUGCCUGUCAAUAUUGCUAUAUUCUGUCUUGUGUGUGUUGCUGCACUGUGUGCGUUCAAGCUUUAGUUGUUUAAAGGUUUUCAAGUACCAUGAUGUUGAUGCCAGUUUUGUUAGCCAGUCCAUGACAUUUCACGUUGUGUUAGAAUUAAACUAGCAGACAUUGGUCAAACAAAGUUAUGUAGUUUUGUAAAUACAAAAUCUGUAAUUCUCUUUGUUUUAUGUUUAUAGUUUUACAGUAUACUUCAAAUGUGAGUGGCAAUAAGCUACUUGAAGCAAGCACACGAGGACUGUAUUUUCCAAGAGACUAGGGGGAGGGCAGAAUAGAAACUUUUUUUGUUUUUAUGUAGUGCUUGGUGUAAAAAAAAGGGAAGCAUCGUUCUACACAUUUUGUGUUCAAAUACAUUUACAAUGUCUUUAAAAAGUGUGUUUUAAUAUGAUUGAAUGUUUAAUGCCUGUGGGAGGAGUAAAAUUGU